AUGUCGCUGCUCUGUGUGCGCGUUAAAAGAGCCAAAUUCCAGGGUUCACCAGAUAAAUUUAACACCUAUGUGACCCUGAAAGUGCAGAAUGUGAAGAGCACAACUGUAGCAGUUCGUGGUGAUCAACCUUCUUGGGAACAAGAUUUUAUGUUGAUCCUGGAAGGGCCUGGAGAGUGGUCCACGUUGGAGGCAGAGACACUGAUGAAAGAUGAUGAGAUAUGUGGAACUAAAAACCCAACUCCUCAUAAGAUUUUGCUUGAUACAAGAUUUGAGCUGCCUUUUGAUAUCCCAGAGGAGGAGGCCAGAUACUGGACUUACAAAUUGGAGCAAAUCAAUGUCUUGGGAGCUGACAGUGAGUAUUAUAUUCAAGAAGAAAGCCAGAGGAAGCCAUUACCCACUGCUGCCGCCCAGUGUUGUUACUGGACCUAUUUGGGCUGGGGAGAGCAGCAGACUUUUGAAGAUCCUGAUAGUGCCGUUGAUGACCGAGAUAGUGACUAUCGCAGUGAGACCAGCAAUAGCAUCCCACCUCCUUACCAUACGACUUCCCAGCCCAAUGCUUCUGUGCACCAGUUUCCUGUGCCUGUGCGAUUGCCACAGCAGCUGCUACUUCAGGGCAGUUCCCGGGAUUCUUGCAAUGACUCUAUGCAAAGUUAUGAUCUUGAUUAUCCAGAGCGGAGGGCCCUCAGCCCCACCAGCAGUAGUAGGUAUGGCUCCUCCUGUAAUGUGAGUCAAGGAAGCUCUCAGUUGAGUGAACUAGACCAAUGCCAUGAACAAGAUGAUGACCGUCGGGAGAGGGACUCGAUUCAUUCAUGCCACAGCUCUGGCAGCUUCUCCAGAGAUGGCCAAGUGGGCUUUGGAGAACAAGAGAAAGCCUUGGAGGUGACAGGUGAAGAGGAGAAGGGGACAGCAUGUGAACCCAAGGAGAGGAAAGAAGAUGCCACAAUCCAUCCUCCCCCAGAUCUGGUGCUACACGAAGACCGUGUCCUAGGCCCCCAGGAGAGCUUUCCUGAGGAGAAGGCUUCUUCACCGUUUACCCAAGCCAGAGCGCACUGGAUCCGAGCAGUUACCAAGGUUCGACUCCAGUUGCAGGAGAUUCCAGAUGAUGGUAACCCCUCUCUGCCCCAGUGGCUCCCAGGAGGGCCAGCUGGAGGGCUCUAUGGCAUUGACAGCAUGCCAGAUCUACGUAGAAAGAAGCCACUGCCACUUGUCAGUGAUCUGGCUAUGUCAUUGGUCCAGUCCCGGAAGGCAGGGAUUACUUCUGCAAUGGCUACACGCACAUCUCUCAAAGAUGAAGAGCUGAAAUCCCACGUGUAUAAGAAAACCCUGCAGGCCUUAAUCUACCCCAUCUCGUGUACCACACCCCACAACUUUGAGGUCUGGACGGCCACUACCCCUACCUACUGCUAUGAGUGUGAAGGUCUGCUCUGGGGCAUUGCCCGGCAGGGCAUGCGCUGCAGUGAGUGUGGAGUCAAGUGCCAUGAGAAGUGCCAGGAUCUGCUCAACGCCGACUGCCUGCAACGGGCUGCAGAAAAGAGUUCUAAACAUGGAGCUGAGGACCGGACCCAGAACAUAAUCAUGGCCAUGAAGGACCGCAUGAAGAUCCGAGAGCGGAAUAAGCCAGAGAUCUUUGAAGUUAUCCGGGAUGUCUUUACUGUGAGCAAAGUUGCCCAUGUGCAACAGAUGAAAACAGUGAAGCAGAGUGUACUGGAUGGCACCUCCAAAUGGUCGGCCAAGAUUACCAUCACUGUGGUGUGUGCCCAGGGCCUACAAGCCAAGGACAAGACAGGAUCCAGUGACCCUUACGUGACUGUGCAAGUGGGCAAAACCAAGAAGCGUACCAAGACUAUUUUUGGGAAUCUGAACCCUGUUUGGGAAGAGAAGUUCCAUUUUGAGUGCCACAACUCUUCUGACCGCAUCAAGGUACGUGUAUGGGAUGAAGAUGAUGACAUCAAGUCAAGAGUAAAACAGCGGCUUAAACGAGAGUCUGAUGAUUUCCUUGGUCAAACCAUUAUUGAGGUCCGGACACUGAGUGGCGAGAUGGACGUCUGGUACAACUUGGAGAAGAGGACAGAUAAAUCAGCUGUCUCAGGGGCUAUCCGACUACAAAUCAGUGUGGAGAUCAAGGGGGAGGAGAAGGUAGCACCGUAUCAUGUGCAAUAUACGUGUCUCCAUGAGAACCUUUUCCAUUACCUCACAGACAUUCAGGGUAGUGGAGGAGUCCUGAUUCCUGAGGCUCGAGGAGAUGAUGCAUGGAAGGUGUACUUUGAUGAGACUGCCCAAGAAAUUGUGGAUGAAUUUGCCAUGCGCUAUGGCAUCGAGUCCAUAUAUCAGGCCAUGACGCACUUUGCAUGUUUGUCAUCCAAGUACAUGUGUCCUGGUGUGCCAGCAGUGAUGAGCACCUUACUGGCCAACAUCAAUGCCUACUAUGCCCACACAACCGCCUCCACCAAUGUCUCUGCAUCUGAUCGCUUUGCAGCUUCCAACUUUGGGAAAGAGAGAUUUGUAAAACUACUGGACCAGCUGCACAACUCACUGAGAAUUGACCUCUCUACCUACAGGAAUAAUUUCCCUGCUGGAAGCCCUGAGCGGCUUCAGGACUUGAAGUCAACAGUGGAUUUGCUGACCAGCAUUACUUUCUUCAGAAUGAAGGUGCAAGAACUGCAGAGUCCUCCAAGAGCCAGCCAGGUGGUAAAAGAUUGUGUGAAGGCCUGUUUGAACUCCACCUAUGAGUAUAUCUUCAACAACUGCCAUGACUUGUACAGUCACCAGUACCAGCUGAAACAGGAGCUACCUCCAGAGGAACAAGGACCCAGCAUUCGGAACCUGGAUUUUUGGCCCAAACUCAUCACACUCAUUGUGUCAAUCAUAGAGGAAGAUAAGAAUUCCUACACACUCAUUCUGAACCAGUUUCCUCAGGAGUUGAAUGUGGGAAAAGUCAGCGCAGAAGUGAUGUGGCAGCUCUUUGCCCAAGACAUGAAAUAUGCACUGGAGGAGCAUGAGAAAGACCGGCUGUGUAAGAGUGCUGACUACAUGAACCUACACUUCAAGGUGAAGUGGCUCCACAAUGAAUACGUGCGAGAUCUGCCUGCCCUCCAGGGGCAGGUGCCUGAGUACCCAGUGUGGUUUGAGCAGUUUGUCCUGCAGUGGCUGGAUGAGAAUGAAGAUGUGUCCCUGGAAUUCCUACGUGGGGCCCUGGAACGAGAUAAGAAGGAUGGGUUCCAGCAGACAUCAGAGCAUGCGCUCUUUUCUUGCUCUGUGGUGGACGUCUUCACACAGCUCAACCAGAGCUUUGAGAUCAUCCGGAAGCUGGAAUGCCCAGACCCCAACAUCCUAGCCCACUACAUGAGGAGAUUUGCUAAGACCAUCGGGAAGGUGCUGAUGCAGUAUGCAGACAUCUUAUCAAAGAGCUUCCCAGAUUAUUGCAAAAAGGAGAAAAUGCCCUGCAUCCUGAUGAACAACAUGCAGCAACUGAGAGUCCAGCUGGAGAAAAUGUUUGAGGCCAUGGGAGGCAAGGAGUUGGAUCCUGAAGCUGCAGACAGUUUGAAGGAGCUGCAGGUGAAACUGAAUACGGUUCUGGAUGAGCUCAGCAUGGUAUUUGGAAACAGUUUUCAGGUGCGGAUUGAUGAGUGUGUUCGACAAAUGGCUGACAUCCUGGGCCAGGUGCGGGGCCCAGGGAAUGCAUCCCCCAGCGCCAGGGCCUCAGUGGCUCAGGAUGCAGAUAGUGUGCUCCGGCCUCUCAUGGACUUCCUGGAUGGCAACCUCACACUCUUUGCCACUGUGUGUGAGAAGACAGUCCUGAAGCGUGUACUGAAGGAGCUCUGGCGGGUGGUAAUGAACACAAUGGAAAGGAUGAUUGUUCUGCCCCCACUCACUGACCAGACGGGCACCCAGCUGAUCUUCACUGCUGCCAAGGAGCUGAGCAAUCUUUCCAAACUCAAGGACCACAUGGUUCGAGAGGAAACACGGAGUCUCACUCCGAAGCAGUGUGCCAUCCUUGACCUCGCUCUGGACACCAUCAAGCAAUACUUUCACGCGGGAGGUAAUGGGCUGAAGAAAACUUUCCUGGAGAAGAGCCCAGAUCUACAGUCCCUACGUUAUGCCCUAUCUCUGUACACACAGACCACAGACACGCUUAUCAAAACCUUUGUUCGCUCACAGACUGCCCAGGUGCAUGAUGGGAAAGGUAUUAGGUUCACUGCUAAUGAGGACAUUCGGCCGGAAAAGGGGUCUGGUGUGGAUGAUCCUGUGGGAGAAAUCUCUAUUCAGGUGGAUUUGUUUACACAUCCUGGAACUGGGGAGCACAAGGUCACAGUGAAAGUGGUGGCUGCCAAUGACCUCAAGUGGCAGACAGCAGGUAUGUUCCGGCCCUUUGUGGAAGUGACCAUGGUUGGCCCACACCAAAGUGAUAAGAAGAGGAAGUUCACAACCAAGUCGAAGAGCAACAACUGGGCUCCCAAGUAUAAUGAGACAUUCCACUUCCUCCUGGGAAAUGAAGAGGGGCCAGAAGCCUAUGAGUUGCAAAUAUGUGUGAAGGAUUACUGCUUUGCCCGGGAGGAUCGUGUUCUGGGGCUGGCUGUGAUGCCUCUGAGGGAUGUGGCAGCCAAGGGAAGCUGUGCUUGCUGGUGCCCCUUGGGCCGGAAGAUCCACAUGGAUGAGACAGGCAUGACUAUUCUCCGGAUUCUGUCUCAGAGGAGCAAUGACGAAGUGGCUCGGGAGUUUGUGAAGCUCAAAUCGGAGUCUCGUUCCAUGGAAGAGGGGAGCUGA